AUGGAAAAACUUAGCCAGAUUCGGGAAAUCGGGAUUGAUCUGGCCGGUGCCGACAUGAUACGUGAGCCUAUUCCCAUCCGCCCUGGUAUGCACUACAUGAUGGGAGGCAUCAAGACCGAUGUGGACGGCCUGACAAAUGUUCCCGGCGUCUAUGCGGCGGGUGAGUGUGCCUGCGUAAGUGUGCACGGCGGGAACCGGCUGGGUGCCAACUCGCUGCUGGAUACCAUCGUUUUCGGAGAGCGCUCCGGCAACCACGCUGCCGAGGCAGCCCGCAGCGUCGACUACGUGGAAUUCAACGUGGAACAGACGGUGAGAAACGAGGAGAAGCGCAUCCAGGAGUUGCUGGACCGGCCUGCCAACGGCGACCGAAUCGCCAGUGUGCGCCUGGGCAUGGGCGAGUCGAUGAACCGCAACCUCGCCGUCUACCGCAACCAGGAGGGCAUGGAGGAAACGCUGGGUGACCUGGAGCAUCUGCAGGAGCGUUUCAAGACCGUGCCAGUGGAAAACAAAGGCAAAAUAUUCAACACGGACCUGAUUUUUGCCUUGGAGUUGGGCUUUAUGCUCGACUGCGCCCCGCCGAUCGUGGUCAGCGCUAUUGACCGCAAGGACAGCCGUGGCGCCCAGGCCCGCACCGACUACCCCAACCGGGACGAUGAGAACUGGAUGAAGCACCUUGUGGUUGGGAAAGGCGAGACCGGACCGGAAAUCACCUACGCCCCUGUCAGCAUAACCAGGGUGCAGCGCCAGGAUCCGGAGGCGGAGAACACUGCUCCUUUCUGGCAGGACUACUCGCUGGAAGUCGAGGACAAUGCCACCGUCCUUGACGCACUCAUCAAGAUUCGCGAGGAUCUGGACGGGACGCUGAGCCUGCGCUGCUCGUGCCGCAGUUCCAUCUGCGGGUCGUGCGCCAUGCGUAUCAACGGGCACGCCGGACUCGCUUGCAAGACCCAGGCGGUGGCUGUGCUCCAGGAAGGGGACGUCAUCGAGGUUGAGCCGGCCGGGAAUAUGCCGGUCAUCAAGGACUUGGUGGUCAACUUCGACCUCUUUUGGGACAAAAUCAUGGAGGUCGACCCCUACCUGAAGCCCCAGGGGCCGGAGCCUGAACAGGAGUACGUCGUCUCCAACGAUGCGAUGCUUCACCUGUCCAGCGUAACUUCCUGCAUCAUGUGCGGCGCCUGCGUGUCGGACUGCACGGUGCUAGAGGUCGAUCCAUCCUUCCUGGGCCCGGCGGCCUUGGCCAAGGCCUACCGGUUCACUGCCGACCCCCGCGACGGCGACGACGAGGGCGUGUCCAAGGAAAGGCUGGAGGCGCUUAACGGCCCAUCGGGCAUGUGGGAUUGCACUCGCUGUCUCGAAUGCGUCCAGGCCUGCCCCAAGGGCGUGGCCCCCAUGGAACGCAUCAUGGCAAUGCGCGAUCAGGCGAUCGCGGCGGGUUUCCAUAACACCAACGGCGCCCGACACACCGAGGCCUUCUCCGAGUCGGUGGAGCAGUCUGGCACUCUCGAUGAACUCAAGCUCGCGCUCACUCACGGCAAGAUGCCACCACUCAUCCAUAAAAAGAUCGAAGGCAUUGAACACGUCCGCCGCAUAUUCGAAGAGGUGGACGAGACCGAACGUUAG